AUGAAAUUGUGCAAUACGCCAAAGGCGUGUGGUCUUUGUUCACCAGUGUGUAGAGGAAAAAAAAAUAAAAAAUAUUAUCGUAACUCUCUAAUGAAAGACACGUAUUUGAAACGAGUCCUCGGAGAGGAAUGUUUCACCAAAAUCCAAUCUUCUCGAGUAUUGAUGGUGGGUGCAGGUGGAUUGGGGUGUGAGUUGUUGAAAGAUCUUGUUUUAUCAGGAUAUGGAGAGAUCCACAUAGUUGACUUGGACACCAUCACGUUGUCCAAUUUGAAUCGGCAAUUCUUGUUUCGCAAAACGGAUAUCGACAAAUCAAAGUCAUUGACAGUUGCCAAAGCGGUGGAAUCGUUCAACUACCUUGGUGCUAAACUUGUGCCUCAUCAUGGUAAUAUAAUGGACACCAAACGGUUUCCAUUGGAGUGGUGGCAACAAUUCAACUACAUUUAUAACGCUUUGGACAACCUCGAAGCAAGAAGUUAUGUUAAUGCGAUGUGCUUGUUGUUGAAAACGCCAUCGAUGGAUAGCGGGACUGAAGGUUAUCGGGGUCAUGUGUUUCCUAUUUUGCCAUAUCAAAGCUCAUGCUUUGAUUGUCAGACUCAUCCUGCGCCAAAGACGUAUCCAGUGUGUACAAUCAGAUCUACACCUUCUCUACCUGUCCAUUGUAUCACAUGGGCAAAAGAGUUUUUGUUUAAGCAGUUGUUUGAUGAACAAGAGAGUGGACUCAAUGAUUCUGGGGCCAUUGCCAAAGACACUGAUAAUGAUGCCGAGAUUGAAACAUUGUUACAAGAGGCAAACGAGUUGGCCGAAUUGCGGGCAAAGAUUAAACACAGUGACACCUUUUUUAAAGAGUUGGUCAACAAGAUCUACGAUGUGGAUAUUGAACGGUUGUUGAAAAUUGAUACAUUAUGGCAGUCGAGAAGACAACCAACACCAUUCAAGUUAGAAGAGUAUGAGAUAGCUGAAGUUGAUCUCCUGGACACAAAAGUUUGGUCUAUUGCUGAAAACUUGUACGCUUUAUACGUGUCAAGUGCGAACAUUCAACGCCGGUUGAAGGACGAAGGAUUUAUCUCUUUUGAUAAAGAUGAUGAUGAUGCCAUGACGUUCGUUGCUGCUGCAUCCAACUUGCGAUCAUUUGUAUUUCACAUUGAAACCAAAUCAAAGUUCGACAUCAAGGAGAUUGCAGGGAAUAUCAUACCAGCUAUUGCCACCACCAACGCGUUAAUUUCAGGUUUUGCCAGUGCAAUUGGCACUCAGUAUUUUCAAGGCGACGCUUCAGCACAUUUAUUACAUACAUCGCAAGCACCCAAGUAUGCAAUUGUAUCGGCAUCAAUUGGCCCACCCAAUCCAUGUUGUCCCAGUUGCUCCGCAUAUCGUGAAGUGUUACAUGUGAACAAACACGAUCUCGACUCUUUGACAUUACAAUGGCUUGUUGACCAGCUAGCUCCUCUCUACAACUCAGAAAUUUCCAUUCAAGUUGGUCAAUCGAGAUUGAUUUAUGAUAUUGAUUUUGAUGACUAUGUUCUGGUGAAGCUAAGUCAAGUUCCUGGUUUAAGCGAGGGUAUUCUCGUACAAGAUGACUCCAACCGUCUACAGAAUCUCAUUUUGUAUUUGGUGGUUGGCGACGAAACUCGCUUCCCAAAAAUUGCUUUAAAAGAGAAGCCAGUUGUGGAAAAGAGUGAGUCCGAUGACAGUGAUGACGGUAUUGCGUUGAUGGAAGGGGGAGCGAUAAAAGAAGACGUUUCCUCUGACUCUUCCGAUGUGGAGAUAAUUGAACCACUGGCAAAGAGGCAGCAUCACGACAACACUGGUAGAUAA